AUGAAUUCACCAGCUAACGCUAACACCUUACUCUUAAAAACCUCAGAGAUGAGUAAUUGGUCAAAAUCGGAUCUGUGUUCGUUUUUUUGUGCCUCAAGAAAAUGCAACGGUCCAGAAUUAAGACAUUGCAGUGCUUGGGUAUUAUUUCAAAUAGGCUUUUCAGGCUACGAGUUACAUGCAGCAAUAGAAAGUGAGGAUAAUUCCGUGAUAGAAAAAUUGGUAACUACCUACGGACUCUCACAAUAUUUUCAUUUAGAAUUUAUUAGAAUAAUUAGUUGGGCACGAAAAUUAGACAAACAUGGUUCCUAUGAAAUAGAACGAGUAGAUUUUUCCCAACGUAUUGGUGCUACUUUUAUUCAUGACAAAAGGUCUAUCUUUCAAAUCUUUAAGGAAUCUUUGGAGCUCUGGACUGAAAAGAUUAAAGAUGAAUCAAGUAAGCAAAAAGCACUUUUGAAAGACUACUUUAAAAAUGUUUUUCUACCAGAUAGAUUUGAAGCAUUUAGACGAAAUGAUUAUGCUGGAUGGACAGGUCAUUUUGAUCCAUUUAGGCAUCCUGAAAAUAAGGGUGAUCAUCUAAGAGAAGCUCUUUCAAGAAAUUGUAAAGUGGGGAAGGGAGAUCAGCUGUUCACCAUUCUUCAUUUAAUUGAUAUUUCGACCAGUGGAAAAACCUUUUCGAUUUUUCAUCUUGCUCAUUCUUCCACUGAAGAUGUUGACCGAUUUUUUGUUGUUUAUCUUUAUCCAAAUACUAAAUUAUUUGAUGCUUUAGAUUAUUGGAAACAAUUCAAACUUUAUAAAAAUAAUAGAAAAUGA